AUGUCGGUCCUCAGACAUGGAAGCGCCUUUCUGCAGCGGCGGCUGACGAAACUGUAUACCGACACGAAAUCAUCCUGUGAAAGCGCAACAACAGCUGCCAGGCCGAAUGAUGACCCUGAACUUGUAUCUCUUAACCGUCAUUUCCGCACUCAAAAGGAUAGGCUGCUUGCGUGGGGCCUAGAUUGGAGUGAUGCCAGCGCAGCGCAGCCCAAUGAUAUUGACGAGGCCCUGACCGAAGCUGGAUUUAGCGACGUGGUUGCAAGCGUUAUGUCAUCUAUCCAAAAACUUCUCAACGAAGCAGAACGACUACAGCAUCCUAAUCCUGCAACUAUAUCACCGGAUGGAAUAGCGGGCAAGGCUGCAGAUGGGAGCUACACCACGGGCACAACUGGUGGUGUAAAGACAACUUGGACAGAAGCAGAGAUAUCCCGGUCUAAAGUACUUUUGGAAGAGUUAACAUCCCAUAUUGAUACCCUUUAUGACUUGUCAGCAUCAAGGAGGGACAUGAGUAUGGGCAUAAGCUCAGGUACUCCCCAAAGUGAGAAGUACAGUCACCAUCGAGGCCUGUCAAAACAGUCCAAAGAAACAAAAGAGUCUCUUCGCCCAAAAUUGCCAACUUCGAAAUCUGCCCCCAGCAAAACAACGCAUCAUCUAGAGGUUUCGCCAACCCUGGCUACUAAUGACAUGUCUGCGGUCAACCCUUUCGUAAGCAUGCAUAUUGAUCCUAGUAUGACUAUUGAAAAUGCUGCAUUUCAACAGCUACCCUUGCAUACUGAGGAAAAUGGAGAAUUUUUCCUUGAUCGCAACGCUCUGAGCCUCUCUAAAGAGCAUGUUUCACAUGCGACCACCCCUCCUCCCUACGAAGCAAUUGCUGCCUCGACCAGCUCUAGAGCAAUGGGAUUUAUAAAAAGAGAAGCAAUUCCAUCUUGUAUGGCUCGAGGCUGUACAAGUAUGUCUAUCCCCGUGAUGGUCGAAUUUUUACCAAUCCUGAUGGAGGCUCAACAAUACCUUGCUCGGCCAUUAAAACAACGUUUAAAAUCCAUCGGUCAAACACUUGAUCGUUUGAUUGAGAAUUCAAGGGUCUCCCACCUCGGUUUGCUGAAGUUUCUAGGUUAUUAUAUUGACAUGACUUACUCCCGAUAUGGUUUCGUCUACCAUACACCCAUCGAUACCUUCCCAUUCUUAAAGCAGCCUUCCGAUACGAUUCAGCCAAAGCCAUUGGUUUCCUUGCUGCAUAACGGCGAUGAUAAGCAGGAGGGUCCUGUUCCAAAUCUCGAAGAUCGGUUGGCCUUGGCUUACAAUCUGCUGUUGUCUGUUCUUCAUCUACGCAGCCAAAACCUAGUCCACGGCAGCAUAACAGCAAUAAUAUUAUUAUAUUUCCAGGAGUUCACCUAUCCAACAAUGGGUCCAUUAGCAACGAGAGCCUGGACUAUAGGCGGCCUUACUUUACCUCAUUUAGCCAGUUUGACAGUGAAGAUAAGAAUGCACCGCCAGAACCCUUAUCGUCGACUGAAAUACAACAACUCCAUGUUCAAAUCCAGAAUUGAAAAUGUUUACGUCAAGAAACUAGCAGCUAAAUGCGGCGGUGCCUAUAUGCAAGUUGUUCAGCUCUGUCUUGACGCUCCCAACUUCCAUCUGUCGACAGAGCCUAUGGCAGAUUUAGGCCUCAGAAUACCGCAGACAUAUCACUAUCCCUGGCAUGAUCCGGGCAAUUCGAACGAUUGGAACACAUUCUCGAAGAAUUUUGUUUAUACAAUUGGCAAAAUCCUUUGGAGAUGCUGCGGCAUUGAUGUUUUUUCUCCGCCUCCAGCAUCUGACCUGGAAGACUCUCUCCCACCCCCAUUGGGGCUUGAGCCAGGCUUAUCGUCGUUUCAACAAAUACCUCUAAAUGAAAGAGAUCUUCAUAUUGUAGAGCCCACCGUCUCCAUCGAUAUCCCUUAUGAUAUUUCUGCUAAUCCGGACAUAAAGGGCAUUAGUGAAAUGUGUGAAGGAAAUGAGAAGAAAGGGCGGAAACGUUCCAUGAAGAAGUGGUCGAAUGUGGAAAUACCUGAAGAACACUUACAAACUUGGAAUAAGACUUUGAUGCCGAAAAUAAGCAAGCUUUUACAAAAAAUUCUGAAAGAUUCACCAGAAUCUUGCAGCGCAACCCUGCUGGUUGCCGGUGAAACCGCAGAUACAGCUAAGACCACCAUCUGUGUUACUUGUACCAAUGUCAGAAAGGUCCGAGCAGCAUUAAAGAAGUACUUUGAGUACGACCGGGAAAACUGGAAUCUCAUUGUUAUUCGUGGAGAUAUCAAACGAUCAAAAGUCCCACGAAAGAAGCGCCGGAAACCAAAGUCAAAUAAGGGCAUCAUUUCCCCAGAAAUCUCGAAUCCUGACUUCAAUUCCCAUUACCAGACCAAACCAAUAUGCGGCGCUUCCAUUGGCGCCUUUCGUUACGGUGAACAUUUGCCACCAGUUUCAUACGGCGGCGCGAUACUCGUGGAUGGAAUACCCUAUGGGAUGACGGUGCACCAUAUGCUCGAUACACCCUGUGACGAUGAUGACGAUUGUGAAGAUGAUUACGACUAUGAUGGUGGGGAUUGCCCUCCACGCUCAUCGGCAAACUAUUUACAUGGAUCUGAUGAUGCUAAUCAAGGCCCCUCGUUUUCUUGGGGUGAACCCAACAUUCACGAAGAUGGUUAUCCAUUAGAAUUCUCUGAUGACGAGGACGGUGAUGAUGACCAGUCCAUAGCACAUAGCCUCGAUGAAAGCUUCGAUGAUCACUGGCUCUCCGAUGGCUACUCUAGUGAUGAAGGAGACGAUUAUAGUGGCUUUGACGACGAUGAUACGGCCUCGAUUGGUGAUACUGUAGGUGUUGAUCCUGGUGAAAAACCUCGGAUAAUGGUAACACAACCUGCCCUCGAUGAUGUACAUGAAGACUUCUUCCCCAGUCCAGAAGACCGGGACGAUGAGCACCUUGCAUCCCAUUCCCUAGGUUUUGUCCAUGCUUCCUCCGGAGUUCGAAGGUGGACUAAAGAUGGCAUCAAACACGAGGUGGAUUGGGCGCUUAUCAAGGUCGACCUAAACAGAAUGGAAGUGAAAAACCUGGUCCCGGUUUCGUCACCCCAGCCAAAUACUUCCAAGCCUAAUAAUCGGCGACAACCACAAGGCAACGCAGGCUCAUUCCAGACUCUCACAAAAAUUGCCAAAUUUGACGACCUGGGUGGCCUCAAUGUACAAUGUUGCGGUCGAACGAGCGGUUUCCAGAGCGGAAAAAUUUCUAAGGCCCUAACCCUAGUAAAAAUGUACGGCCGUCAAUCUUUUUCGACCAGCUUUAGCGUCGAUGGCAACUUUGGAGUUCCUGGGGAUUCCGGUGCUUGGGUAUUCAACGACAAAGGCCAAGUGUGUGGCCAUGUCCUUGCAUGGUCCGAAAAGAGUCGAAGUGCCUACAUUGCACCAAUGGAGAUCCUUCUGAACGACAUUGCUCGUACUCUUUGCGCAUACAGCGUGAAACUUCCCGAUGGCGAUGAAGAGAUAUGCUAUCGUGAUAGCUCGCCGCCGCCACCUUUGCAGGGAAUUCCUCCUCCAAUGUUUUCCGUUCAUGCAACAAAACCUGUUUCGCCAAACCCAGUGAUAGCUGAGCAUCUUCCAGUUGAUUUGCAGAAACUCACCCUUGAUCUAGAAGAAACACCCCGUAAUAACACUAGAGUAGGGGGCGUGAAGAAGAAAGAUGUUUCUGGGACUUAUAGGGCUAGCACCCCCCUCAUGCAACACGCUCGUAUGGAGCGGCAAAUCGCUUGA